UACGACGGUAAACUGCUGAAACUAAAUUUUGUCCUGCGCAGUAAUACGCCUAGUAUCCUCCACAGUGCCAAAAUCAUACAAAAAGAAGCGUGAAAACGGUGCUCCAAUACAUCAAAUUAUGUCAACAAACGUUACAAAAUUGUCUUUUUUUAAAAUGUACACAGCAAAUGUACAUUUUUAAUCCUCUUUCUUACGUCAGUUCCUUGGGUCCGUGAACGUAUCUCGCCUUGUAACACACAUAAUUAACCUCUAAGGGAGUAAAGGAUGAGUUAAGGCAUGUGGGGUGAUUUUUUUUUCUGCUCCACAUGACAUAAUCGUUAUGCAUCCCGCAGAUAUUAUUCACACUAAGGUGACAGUGCUUUGAAUUCCGAUACCAUUUGAAUUUGCUAUUUAUGGGAGCUUUUAUUUAUUAUUUAAGCUGUGGCUGCAUGUCUCAUAUCAAUAUUUAAAUAUGUUCAUGCAGUAUGCAUCCCUUCCCUGACUCACAAUAUUUAUGUGUCUGCAGGCAUCAAAUAAAUAGUUGUGUUUGUGCAUGAUGCAGCAGCUGGGGAAUACAUCUAGAGAACAGAGUGCUCUCUCUCUCUCUCUCUCUCUCUCUCUCUCUCUCUCUCUCUCUCUCUCUCUCUCUCUCUCUCUCUCUCUCGCUCCCACUUUCUCUCUCUCUCUCUAUCUCUCUGUCUAUCUAUCUUUCUAUCUGUCCUCCUGACUGCAGUCUGCAUACAGUGCCACACUGCUGCUGCUGCUGCUGCUGCUGUGUGAUAUGAGCGUGGGAGGAACAGUUUCCUCUCCUCUUCAGAAAAUGAACACACAUCUUCCCGUAACUGCUGCUGCAGGGGUGGAUUUGGCUUCCUGUCUCCUACAUUGCACAAUCUUUCAGCUCUGCUCGGACAGAUAAGUAAGACAAAAGAAGGAGCGCUGGAAGACGAGGAGAAGGGGUGGGAGAAGAGACAAGAGGAAAGGACGGUAAAGAGCCACAGUGGGGUGUGGGGGUGUGGGGGAUAAUAGAUUGCAAAAAAAAAGAGGGGGAGAGGUUGAAUGGCAGAGGAGGAGUGAGGAGAGGAAGGGAGGCAGGGGUGGACACGGGGAACAGAAGAUAGAGUGAGUUACACUGCAGUAGAAUGAGGGUUAGAGUGAAAGAGAGAGCCAAGAAGCAUUUGAGCUGCCAGCCUUUUGCACGCCACUCAGGAUCUGUCGCCGCGCACUCCUCUUUCUGAAGAGGCAAGAAGACGAAUCCACCGUGGAGGCGAGAAGGAGAAGGAGGAGGGGGGCUGAGGAGGAGGAAGCCAGAGGUUCUACACACAAGAUGGCUGCUGUGUCCUCUGCCUCUGACACUGGAGACCCCAGGGGCCGACACCCCCCUGAGCGCAGACUACUGAUCCUGGGGGGGCCACAGUCUGGCAAGACCUGCACCGCCAACACCAUCCUGGGGGACGAGGUCUUCGACGCAGGGACGGAGACCACUCACAGCAACGUGGGCCAGACGGAGAUCUACGGCCGACGGGUUACCGUGGUUGACACCCCGCCAUGGACCAUCCCCAGCGACCCGGAGGACGACACCGAAGCUGACAACAACGACAAUGCUGGUGCUGAGUCGGACAGCCCACCACGGGCCCCGCCUAGCCUGGACAGCGAGGGGCCGUGCAUGGGGGCCAUUCUCUGUCCUCCUGGACCCCAUGCAAUCCUGCUGGUGGUGUCUGUCACGCAGCCUUUCACUGACACACAGAGGAGGGCCGCAGAGGAGCAGUUAGGGGCCCUGGGUGGAGGGACCUGGAGGUACUCGAUGGUGCUCUUUACUGGGGUGGACAAACUUCCAAAAGGUGUCUUCAUCGAGGAGCACAUAGCGAACACUGGAGAGGCCCUGCAGUGGCUGGUGGAGAGGUGUGGAAGCAGGUACCAUCCUUUUGAUAACACUCGGAAAGAAACAGAGGACAACACACAGGUACCCGAGCUGAUGGAGAAGGUAGAGGAAAUGAUCACUGACAACCAAGGCUGGUACUUUGAGGUGAAUGAGCUGAUUUUGCUGGAGGAAGAGCAGGCCAGGAGAGCUUUGGAGGAAGAGAGGAUGAGGAUGGAGGAGCACGCAAGGCAGAGGGAGCAGAUGAUCGGAGGACCUCCCAGAGAGUUGAGGCUGCUAUUGUUGGGCUGGAAGGGUGUUGGAAAGAGCUCAGUGGGGAACUCCAUCCUUGGCCGCCGGUACUUUGAGUCGGGCCAGGAGACGGAGCUGUGCCUUAGGAGGCAGGCACUUGUGUCUGGUCGCCGGGUCACUAUAGUCGACACCCCGGGGUGGGACUGGUUCUCAGUGAGGCGAACCCCCAAGCGCAUCCGCCAGGAGUCACAGCGUGGCGCUGCCCUCCUGAGACCUGGACCCCACACCCUGCUGUUGGUCCUCCCAGUCGUCUCAUCCCUCACUGCCAGGAAGAGGCGAACACUUCUGGCUCACAUAGAGACUCUGUUUGGUGACAGCGCGUGCCUCCACACCAUGAUACUGUUCAGCUGUGGCGACUGGCUGGGCCGCACCCCCAUAGAGGAGCACAUUCUCAGAGGGGGGCGCGAGCUGCAAAGACUGCUUGAGUACUGUGGGAACUAUUAUCACGUCCUGGACAGUAAGACUCCUGGAAAGGACAGGAGUGUCUCAGUCCUGCUGGAUAAGAUCGAGGAGAUGAUCAGGGAAAACGGUGACAAGGCCUUCCUCCCCAUACAGACCGAGUGGUUGAGCGAGGAGAGCUCUUACUCUUCAGACAACACCGAGCCUGAGGAUGACUGUAGGGGAUGCCAGCUACAGUGACACGAUCGUAGCAAAAGGAAAGUGGUCCGGCCCAUGUUCUGAGUCUUCAAUAGGCCCAAACAUCACCUCAUGUAACUUAAACCUCAUCUAGAUUUCCCUCUCAGACUCUGAGGAGUUCUGAGGAGAAAACUGAGAUAAAACAAAAGGUUUGGAACAGGAGUCUCGUAAUGAGUAGCUCUUUGUUGGAAAAGUACCUGAACUCACUGAUCACUGAGCAAAGCUCUCCCUGGACUUAAAGUGAAUGAAUAACCACGUCUGAGACUAAAUGUUCUCCUCAAACCAGAGAGGAGGAGAAAUAUUCUGCUUCUGCUUCAAGGGACCAGAGCUCGAUCCCUGUUCAUGAGCAUGUUCACAGAAGUCAACUGCUGCUAAAGAGACCCUGUUUCAACACUGCAGAGUAAAGAAUUACUCGUCAUUAUAACUCUUUGUUCAGACUGCACUGACCACCUUUGUAUCACAAGUUGAGAGUUAGUGGUUUGUCAUUUUGCUCUCAGCUAACAUCAAAACCAAGAAGAAAUAUGUUUGAGAAGAGAAUAUUAUCAUGAGCAGUCAGAUUUGGCGGUAGCACUCACAUCUGCUGUAAGUUUGUCACUCUCUUUGUUAAUGCAAGACUAAGAGGAAUGUCUCCAUGUAAUUCUUGUGCCAUACAUUUUGACUAGAUUUUACAAAAUAGUCAUCCCCUUCUGCAUCACGUGCCAUUUGAGUUUCAUUUGAAUCAAAGGAUUCAAAGGAAAGGGUUUGAGUGAACGCAACCCUUUGAACACCAAAACAAAACAUGAGCAGUGUGGCAAAAGAUGAUAAUAUGUACUGAAAUGUGUGCACAUCAAUGUAAAAAAAAUGUUUUUAAAAAGCGAGGAUAGCCUUGAGUUGUUUGUGUACCUUCAGACAUGAAACAUGCUCUCUGAUCUCUCACGAAUGAUAUUAAAGUGAGUUUUCUUCA